AUGUCGUACGUUGCAACACCGGAAGAGAUUGCCAUCUUUGCGGAGUAUUCCUUGAAGCCAAACUUUUCCCAGGAGGCAAUCCUCCUCGACUUCACCACCACCGAGGAGUUCAUCAAGAGCAUUUUGCCUCCCAAGUUCAGUCCUGCUGAAAAGCCGACGGGCCAUAUCUAUGUAGGCACAAUGGAGAGUCGCCUCUGUGGCGAGUUUGACUGUGCCAUUGUGUCUAUCGACGUCAUCUUCAAUGGCAAGAAGGGCAUCUACAUGAUUGAGAUGCUCAUUAGCGACGACUUCCCCGUCACAUGGGGUCGUGAGGUCUGGGGAGAAACCAAGAAGACUGCCCAGGUCAAGAUGUACCGUGCAGGUGACUACCGCUACGCAUACGUGGAGCGCAACGGUGUUCGUCUCAUUGACAUUGAGGGCAAAUUUGGAGACGACUUGCCCCCUGUCAAACGCGAGGGUACUAGCUUUGAAAUCAAGGCGUACCCCAGCUCCACGGGCAAGGGUGUUCAGUGGGACCCCAUCGUCAACGAGCUCGCCAUCCACGAAGACUUCCCACGUCGCUCUACUGGCGUGGGCCGUGUGACCAUCCGGGGCAGCAGGAACAACCCCCUUCACACGAUCCCCAUCUUGUCCAUUACCGACUUUGAGUACAGCUCUGGUCUUGUCGCAUACGAAGUGCUUAAGGAGCAUGCUCUGGGGGUGGGCAACGCAUAUCUCCCCUAUCUCAUCGGCCGUCACUAUGACGAUAUCCGCACAUUCAAGGUUGGAAACCUAUGGGCUAAAUUGCAAGGGAAGCCUCAGGAGGAGGAAACGUUUCCUGUCAGAAUUUUUGACAGCCCAGGGUUCAAGGCACUCCUCAACUUCGAUUUCAACAAUCAUCCCAGGAAUACCCAACUCCGUAACCCCGACACAAGUCCAAAUAGGCUUGUGAGAGGGAAUCCAUUUCUGAAACUGCUUUACCAUGAGGUCGAAGGAGCUGGACAGGGAAAUAUGGUAGCUCCUAACUGCAUACACGUCCUCCCAGCCACGGGCACCAGCGUUCUUGAGGUUUUUUUCGACAUUCUUAAAUGCCAACUCGAUCUGGCCCACGAGAUCUUCUGUGUCGAGGCUACCAUCGUUCUCCCAGCCUCCCUGACCGGAGCACUUGAUCACAUUGCCUACUUUGACGGCUUGGGAAUAGGAAUAUAG